AGUUUUACAUUCUUUCGUUUUAGAUUUUUAUCAAAAUGGCUGACUGUCUAGUUAAAGACCAGGACUUGCGUAACAGAGCUCAAACUAAAAUUGCUGAAACUUUAACUGCCCCCUUGCUGCCAAAAAUCAAUGAGCAAGAUGACCAUAAGGGUUUGGAAAAGACUAAGGAAAAAUCUUUAAGUUUUUCAAAUAUAAUAUGGCUGGUUUGUUCAAUUUUGGUAUUCUAUUUAACCGAUUUUGCUUCAACUUGCUUGUACAAUCCUGAAGUUGACCGAUUUUAUUUUAAUAUUGCAAUCUUUUUAUUUGGCGUUAUGAUAUCUAUUGCAAUUUUCCUGAUAGUCUGGGUCACAUAUAUUCAAAAGAGAACAUCCGAUCAAUGGGAAAAGCUUCAUCCAUACGCUAUACCGACAGCAACGGCUUGUGCUACAAUUGGGUCAUUGUGGUUUGUCCAUAAAUCUCUUAAAUAA